AUGCCGAGGCCUCAACGCAAAACUGCCAAUGCCGAGACAUUAAAUUCGAAACAACUUUUGUUAAAGUAAGUGAUUUUUUAUGUUUUUUGUAGUUUUUGUACCUAUGUAUUUGUCUUCUGCCAUCAUUUUUAUAAUAUAAUAACACAUUAUAUUCGUAUGUCAUCAUUGUUAUUAAAAGUGCACUAUCUUUGCAGAAACAAUAGGGGUCUAGAUUUCAUUGCCUUUAAGCUGUCUAUAGACUUUUGAAGCUUACAUUGUAUGGUUAAAUUUGUAGGUUGUCAUCGAGUUAGAUAAAAAUCACGUAAUAUAUAAUAGUUAUACAAAAAAGUUUGGAUUAAAGCGUACUUUGACUACAACAAGAUUUUUUCCAGAGUCAGGUUGUUUAUAACGGGAUUCUACUGAUUUUAAUACUGUCAUACGUUUUUGUUUGCUCUUGGACAUGUCUGAUACCCUAUUUUGAAAUAAUAUUGUUAUUUGAUACAGUGAAAAACGGAUUAACAUGUCUUUAAUUGACGCGAUUUUAUUUUAGUAUGGUAUCUACCCUGACAUACCUUAUCUUGCCCUGUCCUGCACUACCUUGCACUACCCUAGCCUAUCAUACUCUGAAUUACCUUAACUUGCCUUCUCCCAACUCUAACUUACCUUAUUAUACUUUGCAGAGCUAAAAACCAUACCAUACUAUACCUUAUCCUAUCUUAUAAAAAACUUAUCAAAACUUUUUACUUUUGGCUAUAUGUAUUAAUAUCUUAAAAAUGACGUUACUCAAGCCUUCACAUUGAGAAGACCAAACAGAUCUAUUGCUGUGAAAAUUCGUACGAAUAUGUUUAGAUAUAGCAUUAUCCAAGCAAUGUACUGAUAACAUAACGAAAUUAAGCUCAAAAAAUCCCAAAAGAUAAGAGAACCAAUGCUAAGCUGAUUAGUGAUAAGCUUUAGUGUCUUACAAGCUGAUAUUAUCAAAAAAUAUUAAUUAUCAUUACAAACUGCUUCGAUUUAUAAAUACUGACACUAACUAUAAUAUGUUACCGUUUAGCGUGGACAACGGCUAUGGCGAUUGUAACUACGAAGCGAAUCAAGCUGAAAGCGUCUAUAGUGAUAACGAAGAUCAUCAUGAAAGCUGGAAAAAUUUUUUAAAAAGUAGGAUCAUAUUUUUAUAAGUAAUGGCUAUAUGGUACUCAAAAUGACACUUUGUUACCUAACAAAUAAAAUUUAUAAUUUUUAAAAUUUUUUGAAAUUCUUUGUUAUGGAGAAGUUCGUUACAUAAAAAAUUGUUUUAAUGCCAUUUUUAGGACACUGUAAAAAUGUGAUCCACUUUUUCGUGGAGGACUGGUUCCUAUCCGCCAUGUUGGGCUUUAUCACAGCUAUAUUAUCCAUCACAGUUGAUGUUGGCUACGAGUACAUGAACCAUUGUAAGUCUAAAAUAUAAAUUGAAGCCUUUUUGGAAUAGCUUUUCAUAAAAAAGACCUUGUAGAAAUAGUCCUAUAUACUUUUGACAAGCCUUAACAAAAGCAACGAAAAGCAACUAUUGAUCGGUCGCAACAGACGAAGUGUCAAAUAAACUAUUUUUACGAAAAAAUUUUUUUUUUAUUUUUCUAGCCUUUUUUGUUCAAUUUUAAUAUUUUUGAUGCUUUUAUGCUAUUUUUAAUGUAUUAAUCAUUUCCUUCCAGACCGAGCAAUAAUCUACGACAAAGCCAUUCAAGUUGACUACGUUCUCGGUUUCACGUCAUGGAUAACAUACCUGGUGGUCUUCUGCUCUCUAGGUGCUUUAACAUGCAAGUACAUCUCGGCUCAAGCUAUUGGAUCAGGAAUUCCGGAAGUGAAAGUGAUAAUGAAUGGCUUCUCCCUUCACAAUUAUCUCACAUUUAGAACUUUGAUUGCCAAGAUGUUGAGCUUGACCAUGGUGUUGGGAAGUGGAAUGCCAUUGGGAAAGGAAGGUCCAUUUGUGCAUAUGGGAGCUAUUGUAGCUACUUUGUUGUCCAAAAUCACUAGGCAAUGGCAAAACAAGGCGUUUUUUACGAAUGAAGGCAGAGAGGUUGAGAUUCUGUCGUCUGGAUGCGCUGUGGUAGGUUAUUUUAGGUAUAAAAUGGGGUUAAAAGUUAGGUAAAUAGUUGGCAACGGUAGAGAUAAAGAAGAAGAGUAUAAUAUCAAAAUAUGAUUGACUAGCAUUUGUUUUCUUCAAAAUUCGCUUAAAAAAAUGUAAAAUAUUUUAAUUCUCUAAAGGAAAAUCUAUAUUAUUUUAGAUAUAACGUUAAACUACGCUAAUUUAAAUUAAAUACUUAUCUUUCAGGGCAUCGCUUGUACAUUCAGUGCUCCAGCUGGUGCAGUAUUGUAUGGAAUUGAAUCGACUCACAAGUAUUUUGCGGUCAAAAACUAUUGGCGAGCGUUCUUCGCCACGACUUGUAGCGCAUUGAUCUUUCGAUUUGCGAACGCUGCUAUUAUUCCACCUGAUAUUGGUACGUUUUCUUUACUUUUUAUAUUGCUUUAGAUAUGAAGUUUUAUAAUUUGUGGGUUUUGUGUGAAUUUUAGGCUUAUAAAAGGCAAUUUUUAGGGUUUUAAGCUUGAGGGAUAGUUUUGGAAAACGACUUUUUUUGGGCGUUUUUAGGUACCUUUUUUAACUUUUUUUUGGAUGUUAGAGGCAGUAAAUAAAUAGAAUAAGCAAUCAAACCUAUUUCCAGCGGGAACAAUCACUGCAUAUUACCAAACCAGCUUUCCAAACGAAGUGUUUUUAAUCGAGGAAAUCCCUGUUUUCAUGUUGAUUGGUGUUCUAUGUGGACUAGCUGGAGCGAUGUUCUUGAUGGUACACAAAAGGAUUACAUACAUUCAGAAGAACAACAGAAUCUUCAAAAAAUUGUUUGGAACGUCGUAAGUUUGGACUUUAAUGUUAAAAUUUUCUGCUUUAUACCUACUGCCCUAGAGGUAUUUUUGCAUUUUUUUUUGAAAAAAAAUGAUUUUUAAAAUUUUUUUUUUAGAAAUUUGAUAUUAUCAUACCUUAUCAGUAUUAAAACCCUUUUCUUUUAGUGGCUUCUCCUUCACGGUGUUUAUGGCCCUGGUUGUAGGCUUAAUAACCUUCCCAGAUGGCUUUGGUAAAUACGUUGGUGGUCGAUAUACAUUCCGUGAGACUAUCAGCGACUUGAUUAGUAAUUGUACGAUGAGUUUGUACAAUACGACUGGUAUGGGCUGUCCUGAGCAUUUUUUGAAACGGUGGGCGACCAGUGGUGAUUAUGACAGUUUUGUCAUCUUGAGGACUUUGAUGGGGUACUUUACUAUCAACGUGAGUUGAUUAUGCUGUUUCAGGAGUACUAGUAGUACUAUACUUACAGUACUAGUAGUAUAACAUUUGUUUACAGUACUAUUAGUAAAAUCCUCUUAGUACUAAUACUGUAAAACUUAUAGUACUAGAGUAAGGUAGUUAUUUUAUUACUCGUAGUAUUAAUAAUACUAUUUCUAGUACCAGAAUUUAAUGCUCAUGUAUAAAAUUUAUGUUUCAGUAUUUCCUAGUGGCAGUAUGCAUUACCCUAGCCCUACCAGCAGGUAUCUUCGUACCCUCCUUUGUCUUGGGAGCAGUCGGAGGUCGUGUGAUUGGCGAGUUGAUGGUACUGAUGUUUCCUGAGGGCAUACGAGGCCCAGAUGGCCCUCAAAUAUAUCCAGGAUUAUACGCUGUAGUCGGUAAGUGUUAUUCUAGGGAUUUGGUUAUCAUUUUUGGUAAAUAUUUUACGAUUAAUAAUAGUUACGGGGACUUAUAUUGGAAUUGGUCAUAGUUAUGGGGAAAUAUGUUGGAGUUGUUGAUAGUUAUGGAGAAAUAUGUUGGAAUUAGUCAUAGUUAUAGAGAAAUAUGUGCUUUAGUGAUGUUUCUAGAUAAACACACUGGAUUGAGCAUAAAAAUAAAUAAAUAUAUGGCAUUUUACGACUAAUAUAGAUAAUGAUAGGGAAAAACAAGCAAAUACACGUAGCUUUGGAUAAUACAUUAAUUGAGGGAAAAACAAAAAUUGUGAUAAGUGGAAACAUUUUGAAGGGAUUUUUGUGUUUUGACUACACAUGAGGAAGAAAUAGAGCCACUAUAAACUGAGGGAUACUGUUAUAUUGUUUUAGGUACUAUAGUUUCAAAGGAAUAUGUUUCAAAGUGCUUAUUAAAAUUUUUAAUUUGAUUUUAGUAGGCGUAUUUUACAUAUAUUUAUAUAUUUAGAUUUAUGCCGUAUGUUCAAAUAAUAUGAAAUUGUUUUUCAGGAGCCGCUGCGUACACUGGAGCCAUAACGCACUCCUUGAGUAUCGCAGUCAUCGUUUGUGAAACCACUGGACAGUUAUGCGCUUUAUUACCUGUUUUGGUACGUUUUUAAAAGUAGAAAGGAACAAAGGAAAGGAAAAUUUAGACAUGCUUGGUUCUGGGCGUGUGAUAUCACCUUUUUUUUGUUGGGGGUAGACCUAUAAAUUGGCUAGUCAGUUUUUUGGCUCGGUUUUUUAAACUUUUAUUUGGCUGCCUUGGUUCGGAUUAUAGCCUUUGGGCCCACCGGUGGCAGACCGAAUAACUCUGUCAGUUUGUGAUUUAGUCAGGCAUUCCGAGCUCACAUUUGCCGGCUGGGUUCUUUUCUAAUUUGCUUUAGCCCGGGUUGAGACCGGACCUAGUAAACUUCCUUUCAGGUCUAUUUGAGAGGGAGUGUGAACAAAAAUAAAAAAAAAUUUUUUUUCGAAGAAAAAAUUUAGUAGUUUUGUAUAAUAUUUGAAACUUUGGCUUUAGAUUGCCCUAAUGAUUGCAAAUGCGGUCAGCAGUUUCCUACAUCCGUCAAUCUACGAAAGUAUUAUCAUAAUCAAACGAUAUCCGCAUUUAACCGAACUUCCACCUUCAAGGAUAAGGUAAUAAGACUACACUGCUUCUCUUUAAGCAUUUGAAACGAAAAUUUUUAUUUCUUGUGACUGUGUGGUGCUAAAAUUCGAAAAUUUUGACUUUUUGUUAUGGUAUGGUACUAUACCAAGCCAGCUUUCCAAAGGGUAAAAAUGAAAAAAAUGGUCAUGUUUACCUCAAAAUCUGUUAAAUGUAAAAUACGCAGUUUUACCUCUAUAUUGUAUUUUUCAGUGUCCAUACUCUAAAAGUGGAGCAAAUAAUGGUACGCGAUGUUGUGUACAUCACAAAUAAGACAACAUACAAAGAGUUGAGGGAACUAUUGAUCAACACACCGCAGCUACGAUCUUAUCCACUCGUUACUAAUGAUGGUAAGUUUAACGUCUGUGUAUAACAAGGUAGAGGUUAAACUUUAAUAAUUCUUAGAAUUAACUUUCCUUUACCAUAAAAGCUCUCUGUCUACCAUUUUCAAUGUAAAUUUCUUUUCAGAAGACCAAAUUCUAUUAGGAUCAGUAGCCCGAAAGUAUCUAAACUAUCUUCUUAAUGUUCAUCUGGGUGCUGAUCCUCUAUUGUCUAACCGACCUUCUUCUCGACAGUCGAGAAAAAGCAAAAAGGACGAGAAUGGUCACACAAUCACAACUAAAACCUUCUCUGGCAACACACUGUUGUCUAUCAGUCCGCUUCAUGAGGAUAAUAGUAAGUGGCUAAACUAUGAAAAUUUUGUGUUUUGAAAAAAAAGUUUGGUUGUUUUGGAUGGAGAACAACUUGAAGUUAAAAAAUUUUUUAAUUUUUAGAAUGCCAAAAUACGUUGAAUAACAUUUUCCGUCGGCCGAAUCAGCCUUUGGAUCCUUUCAGUGAAAUUCGAGGGGUAAGUUGCCUUCUGCCAUUUCUGCUUUCAUAACAUGUCAAAAUUUAUUAAAACGUUUUUAAUAGCUUCUUAAUACAGCUUUUUAAAAGCUUUUCAAUACAGCCUCUAAUAAAAUUUAAAUAUUUUCAAUAGCUUCUUAAUACAGACUUAUAAUAACUUCUUAAUAAAGGACCAGUUCACAAAAAUAACGUUAAACAUUGUCAGGGUUUCAUACGAAACAUUUUUUCCACGGCUUCGUUUUAUCGAAAAUACGAGCCGGAUUUGACCAUGACACCAGUAGGUUAGGUAUCGUACGGUCAGCUUUUCGAUGUGAUAAACUUGAGUUCGGUAGUUGUGAUUAACCCUGAUUGUACAACAUACUUUUGCUUUGCUUUUUUAUUAUAUAGUUUUCGCGCUUAGUUUUUGGUUUUUAAGCUUAAAGUCUUUGUUUCAUAGCUUUGAAAUUGGAAAAAAAAAUAGUUUUUUUUGGCUUGCUGUGUGACUCCUUUUUUCCCCUUUUUUUCUAGGCUUAGACGCUUAUUUAGACUUAAUUUGAUAUGAUUUUUCAAAAUUUCAAAUUUUAACACAAAAAUAUCUUUAUUAGUUUGGUCAAAAAGUAUGUAGAACAAGAUAAAAUUACCUAUUCUUGUCCGAAAAAUAAGUUUUUCAGCGCGCGUCAAAAAAAAUUGGAUGAUUUUGUUAAGCAAAUCCAUUAAAACGCACCCAAUUCUUUUUGACGCGGCAUCAAAGAAGAGUCAUUUUUGCUGUUUCAGGUAAUAAAAUGUUUUUUUUUGUUAUAAAAUAUGUUAUAAUAUAAAUCUGUUGUAAAAUAACAGUUUUUGGUUUGUCAUGAACAAUAAUUUUUAGAAACUUUAAAUUUUUGACCAAGCUAGUACUAUACCUUCAAAAUUAAUAUUUCCGUUUGCUUCGCUAACCCCACUAACUCGGCUUUGUUGUGUGUUUAAGAUGAUGAUCGUGUCUGACUUUUUGGAUAUUCAGCCCAAUAGUGCGCUUCGAGAUCACGCCAAGAAAUUGGAAAAAACGAUCGAUUUGGACGAGUUGGCAAUCGACUCAGCACCAUUCCAACUGGUACUGGGAACAUCAUUGUACAAGGUUCAUACUCUAUUCUCGUUGCUGAGCUUGAACCAUGCUUAUGUUACGCACAGAGGAAAAUUGGUUGGAGUUGUGGCUUUGAGAGAGGUAGGUAUGGGUAAGGUGAUGGGUACUACAAUAUAAAAUUUUAUUUUUUAAUUUUUUGAUUGGAUUAGCGGUUAAGAAAGCUAUAAUAAGACUCACAAAUGGUUUAAAACUAAUAUUUUAGCUUUUGAAGGUAAAAAAAAUUUGACAUUUCGUUAUAGAUUUUUUCAAAAGCAUUACAUUUUGUGACAUUAUGCUUAAAACUAUUUUUUACUUCAACACAUGUUUUUAUAUGUUAAAUACGCGUAGUAAUGAUUUAUCUUCCAUGUUGAUCAAAAAACAUGUUUUUCAUGGUGUUUUUUAAAAGUUUGAUAUUUCGUCAAAAAUAUUGAUUUUUUCAAUUAAAGCAUAAAAGUAGGACGUAUUUUUGUGAAAUGGAAAUUAAAAAUGAACUUUUUAGCUACGGCUAGCCCUAGCGGACAUCUACACUCGAGGUGCCGUGCCAAACCGUGCUACUAGCAUAAUGUCGAUCAAUAACAUGUCACGAAACGUUUCUCAAAUAAAACUAGACGGAUUUGCCAAAGAUGAGGAUGACGAGGAGGAAAAACCUAAAAUUAAUGUUGUUGGAGCUUCUGAAGACGGUACCAUCUCCAUGGAUGGGCUGAUUCGGCAAAGCGAUACUGACGAAAGUGGUCCUAACAGUCCUGUCUCUAAUGUUUAA